AUGUCGACCGAUUACCAGCUCUCCAUAACGCCAGUCAAGCUGUCGCAGCUGCCGUCCGAAGAGACGAUCGUCUCCCUCGGCGAGUCCUUGCUGGAGUCGACCAAAUCCUGGAAACAUGGCAAAGCGUUCCACAAGGGCCUCGUGAAGACAUGUUCGCGCCCCAAGGGCCCGCGGGACGGGGCGCCCUGGCACUGCCGAAUCAGCGAACACGCACCGGAGGACGCGACGUUCGACGAGUUCUGGAGCAAGUUGGGCGAGGACAAGGCGAAUAAUGAAAUGCAGUAUGUGUCGGAGAUCAAGAAAGUGACCCUCAUCAAGGAAAUCUCGCCGACCCAGUCCAUAUGGUCGCUCUACUAUACCUUCCCGCCGCCAGUGUCUCCUAGGGUCUUCACUGUUCUACAGACUAAGCAUCUGGUCGCUGAGUCUCCGAAGAAAGGGCUCAUUGUUUCCAUCCCCGUGGAACUGUCUGAGGAUGCAGAACUAGCUAAGCUCGAAGAGAAGGGCGUUAAAGGCCGUUAUGUCAGCGUCGAACUUCUGGAGGAGUUAGACAACGGCAAGGUCGAAUGGCGGAUGGCGACGUCCAGCACGCCUGGAGGCAACAUCCCAUCCUUCGUCGCGGAGUCCACCAUGGACAGCACUAUCGCGAAGGAUGUGACCCACUUCUUGCAUUGGUUCCACACCGUGCGAGAAAAGCCUCAGGAACCUGCUGCUGCGUGA